ACAGUAUGGCCGGCGACAUUAGCUAGCGCUCGCUCAACGCUCUUCUCUGUAACAGGGGAACACACGGACUACAAGGAACCGAACCGCAUCGCUUGCCCGCCCGCACCCCCGCUCGGACUGUAACCCUCUCACAUACGCUCACGCCGCACCCGCCGCCGCGCACUCGGGUGGUUCUCGCUGGUUAAAAAAAAAUAAUCCUGCUUAUUAUUAUUUGUUUUUUAUUAUUAAUAUUAAGCAAAUCCCCUGGAAGGUGAAACCCGCCCGGGACGGACUGGGACCCGGCGGCGGCAGCGCAGCUCGUGCAGCAGCGGCAAACGGUAGCGGCCGGGGGCGGUAGUUUGGUUGUCGUUAAUUUCUGUGGUUGUUGGUUGCCGAGUUGUCUCACCAUGAAGGAGAACGGUGCACACUUCUUCGAAGGGACCGAGAAGCUGUUGGAGGUGUGGUUCGCCCGGCAGCAGCCCGCGCAGCAGGAGCCGCACCAGAGCAAGGGGUCCGGCGAUCUUCGCACCAUACCCAGGAUUGAGUGGGACAAACUUCUGGAGAAUGUGCAUUGUUUGAUCAUAAGUGUGACAAAAACUGACAAGCAGGAAGCUUAUGUACUCAGUGAGAGUAGCAUGUUUGUCUCCAAGAGACGUUUCAUUUUGAAGACGUGUGGUACCACCCUCUUACUGCAAGCACUGGUUCCCCUGUUGGAGCUUGCUAGGGAGUACAGUGGGUUCGACUCAAUUCAGAGCUUCUUUUAUUCACGUAAGAAUUUCAUGAAGCCUUCCCACCAGGAGUACCCACAUAGGAAUUUCCAGGAAGAAGUAGAGUUUCUUAAUGAAAUUUUCCCAAAUGGAGCAGCUUAUUGCAUGGGGCGUAUGAAUUCUGAUUGCUGGUACCUGUACACCCUGGAUUUCCCAGAGAGUCGGAUAUCCAAUCAGCCUGAUCAGACACUGGAAAUUCUGAUGAGUGAGCUUGACCCAGUAGUUAUGGACCAGUUCUACAUGAAAGAUGGUGUUACUGCAAAUGAUGUCACUCGUAUGAGUGGAAUUCGUGACCUGAUACCAGGUUCUGUUAUUGAUGCUACAAUGUUCAAUCCUUGUGGGUAUUCAAUGAAUGGGAUGAAAUCGGAUGGAACUUACUGGACUAUUCACAUCACUCCGGAACCAGAGUUUUCUUACGUUAGUUUUGAAACAAACAUAAGUCAGACCUCUUAUGAUGAUCUGAUUAGAAAAGUGGUAGAGGUUUUCAAGCCAGGAAAAUUUGUGACAACCCUCUUUGUUAAUCAGAGCUCUAAAUGUCGUACAGUGUUCUCUUCUGCCCAGAAGAUUGAAGGGUUUAAACGUCUUGAUCACCAGAUUGCCCAAUUCAGUGAUUACAAUUUUGUUUUUACCAGUUUCACAAAAAAUCGCCAGCAACAGCAUAGUUGAUUAAGAAUGAAGAAAAAGCGCAAAAAGAAAUCCCAUAUAGAAGGUGGUGGUUGCUUUCUAGUUAAUGAUUCAGGGGGCCAUGCUUUCCACUCCCACCACCUUGUAGCUGUGGAAAGCCCUAGGUGUAAUCAUAGUAUAACCAUUUUGAAUUGUAUGCAUUAUUAUAUCAAGGAGUUAGGUAUCUUGCAUGAAUGCUCUCUUCUGUGUUUAGGUACUCUAUGCCACUCUUGCUGUGAAAUUGAAGUGCAUGUAGAAAAAUCUUACUGUAUGAAACUUUACAACACUUGUAAAAAUGAUUCAGGUAGAAUUGCACACAGUAUAGUUUUUCUCCAGGUAUCACCAAAAAUUCCCCACAGACAAGGCUUUCGUCCUCAUUAGGCUUUAGCCUCCACCUGCUCACUGGGGACAGUUCUCUGUUAAAUCGUCACUCUUUUUUCAUUUAUGUUAUGAUUUCAGCCUAAAACAGUUUUUGACAAACUUUUAUGAUUUCUAAUGAAACUUAUUCCUCACUAACAUGUCUAUGUUUGGAAGAAGUUCCUAAAACAGUUACAAAUAGUUUUGCUACUACAAGUGGUGGCUGAUUUAUUUUUAAAUCUGACUUUUCAUGCUCUAAUAAAGCUUAAAGGAAUUUGCUCAGCUGUAUUGCAGCACUGGGCUAAUGCAUUGGUCUUUCACCUUUAGAAACUUGGGUCUCGGUACUAAUGCUGGUAAAAUUUCAUCUUACCUUAAUGCCUCUUUAUCUGUCUACACCCCUGAGUGUCACACUACUGCACAAUGGCAGAAUUCAAAGAAGGUCCAAGGCUGUAAGUGCUUUGGUGUAUUUGUGUGACAGCUCUGCAAAGUGCAAGCUCAUUUUGGCACCAGACAUUUUCUUUCCUAAUCACCAGUUAUGUCAGACUAAGAGGCUGGUGCUUUUGGGUGCUGGCAAGUAGAGCUAAUGAAGGAGUGGGAUUUGCCAGUCUGGGUGUGUUGAUUAAUUUGGAUUACUCUCGGUAAAACCUGUGACCUAUCACUUCUAACUGUAAAGAGUGCUUCUAAACUGGUUCAGUGUCACUUCAUUUUGUUGUUCAAAGCGAAGCUAAUGCCUCUAUCUUGUGACAGUCCUGUGACAUUGUUGUGCACGUGACUUACGUUGUAUUUGAGUGUUGUGACUUCAUCUGUUUUUUUCCUCCUAAUUACUAAGGUGGUUCCUCUUAUGGUGACUUGAGGGCAUUAAAGUGAAGGCAUAGAACAAGAACUGUCUGGGACACCUGGACAGCAGUGAAGUAGAAUGCUAUUCCUAGAGCAUGAAUAAGUGUAAUUCAAAGUCACUUUAAUGGUAUUGACUAAAGUACAGGCUUGAAAGAGCUGGCACACUUUCAGCUAUGUUUGCAAAUACUGGGAUUUUAACAGCUGUGAGACCAGCAUGUUAGCUACAAAAUUGAGAUUAUUUUUUUACCCCUCUUGUCCUAGUGAUGUUUUGACUCUCUCUGGUUUGAUGCAAUGGUUGCUUUUUGGUUUUUGGUUGUUUUUUUUCCUUCCAUAUUUAUAAAUGAAGCACUUUUCCAGUGCUUCUAAACUAAAGUCUACUUGGUUAGAAAUCAAGUGGUUGGAACAGCUUGAUUUUUUUUUUUUUUUUUUUUUUUUUAAAUCUAUUGUUGAUGUUCUUUACCAAUGUUAUGGAUUACAUGCUGUAAAUGGCACUAAUGCUUUUUGAUGUUAAUAUUGAGGACCAAUAUUUCAGUGGAGUUUUUUUUGUUUUUUGUUUUUUUAACAUUGUCCCAACUGACCUGACAUUUGCUGGCUUGAGGUCCUUUAAGAAGACUGAAGAUCCCUUUUCAAGUAAUACUGAAGUACACAAUUUACAGAUAGAAGCAUAAGCCUCAGCUAUAAAAAUGAAAGCUGUUGAAUGGAUUACUGAACUAUCUAGGGUGAUCAGGAUGGGGGGAGUAUGGUGUUUAUAAUUUCUGUGGUGUUAGACUUUGAUCAUUUAAAAAUAUCUGUACCACAACUUAAUGCUUCAAUAAAAGUUCGCUUAAAUUGUU